GGUUCCCGGCAGAGGUAGUCCUUGGGCGCCUGCGUUGCCCCUUCGCGGAGCGUGGAGUGAGGCGGCGGCGGCGGCGGCCGGGCAUGAGGAGCCUCGGCGGCCUACGGAGAAGGUUAUCCAGUCGUUGCACCCGUGUUUUAAGUUGCUGACGCUUUGAAGGAGAGGAGCGAUGGUUUCGAAACGGGCUUUCAUCUGCAGCUUGGGCUCCAUCUACUUAUCCCUCCUCUUCGUUUUCCUGCUCAUGGACGUCUACGCUCGGCCCGCCAACAACUCUGCCUUAAAAGAGAAGGCGGCCGACAGCAACAAUAAUAACAAGGACGAGAAUGAGAUCCUGCCUCCGGACCACUUGAACGGCGUCAAGAUGGAGAUGGACGGACAUCUCAACAAGGAGUUCCACCAGGAGGUCUUUCUAGGGAAGGAGAUGGAGGAGUUCGAUGAAGAUUCAGAACCCCGGAGAAACAGGAGGAAGCUCAUGGUUAUCUUCUCAAAGGUCGACAUCAACCGGGACAAAAAGAUCAGCGCGAAAGAGAUGCAGCGUUGGAUCAUGGAGAAGACAGAGGAACACUUCCAGGAGGCUGUGGAAGAGAACAAGAUGCACUUCCGGGCGGUGGAUCCUGACGGUGACGGGCACGUGUCCUGGGACGAGUAUAAAAUCAAGUUCCUGGCAAGCAAAGGAUUGAAUGAGAAGGAGGUGGCUGAAAAAGUCAAGAAUAACGAGGAGCUGAAGAUCGACGAAGAGACGCAGGAAGUCCUUGAUAACUUGAAAGACCGCUGGUAUCAAGCUGACAACCCGCCCGCCGACCUCUUGCUGAACGAGGAGGAAUUCCUGUCGUUUCUUCAUCCGGAACACAGUCGCGGGAUGUUGAAGUUUAUGGUCAAAGAAAUUGUCCGGGAUUUGGAUCAAGACGGCGAUAAGAAGCUGACGCUUUCCGAAUUCAUCUCGCUGCCCGUCGGCACGGUGGAGAACCAGCAAGCGCAGGAUAUAGACGACGACUGGGUGAAAGACAGGAAGAAAGAGUUUGAAGACGUCAUUGACGCUGACCACGACGGCAUUGUCACCAUGGAAGAAUUAGAGGAAUACAUGGACCCCAUGAACGAAUACAAUGCCUUGAACGAAGCCAAGCAGAUGAUCGCGGUGGCCGAUGAAAACCAGAACCACCAUUUGGAGCUGGAGGAGAUUUUGAAAUACAGCGAGUAUUUCACCGGCAGCAAGCUCAUGGACUACGCCCGGAACGUCCACGAGGAAUUCUGAGUCCUCAGAGCCGGGCUCUCGACGCACCUUCUCGCUUUCCAAAAAAUGAAAAACAAAAGAAAAUCACCCCUUUGCUGCUAUAUCUGUGUUCCGUGUGUAUACCGUGUGGUGUUCUAGACUUCUUCUUUUUUCAAAAACGUCCACAUAUAUUAAAAGCAGAAAAAAAUGCUAUAGCUCUUUCCGCUCCGAGAGCAGAAGGCUCCUGAAAGUCUCCAGGGUGGAAUCCGGACAAGCGCCUGCUCGUGUCAUGGACGGACGGCUUUUCUGGCAUGGGAGGACCAGUUUUCCCCUUCGAAGUUCAAGCAUCUCGUUCUGAAAGCCACGCUGAACAUCUCAAGCCCAUCGUCUUGACCGGCAGUGGGGGGCCAGGGAGGGGGCAUAUGUGGGUCAGUGACCUCGUGGUGAUGGGUUCCUUCAGCCUUGCACUUGCGUUCUGGUUUUGCGGGGGGCUUGUAGCACAGCAGGCGACGUGGCGAUCGCUAAAAAAAGUGUGUGGUCGCGUUUCUGGGGCUGUCAUCCUUUUCCUGAGCUGCCACGAUUCCCGUGGGAUGUUGAGGAAAGCUCCGUGUUUAAAAUACAGGCUGUCUGAACGGGGGCCGGGUCGACAGCUUUGCUUUUGCGGCUUCUAAUUCAUGUCCUCUUCCUCCUGGCCGUCCUCACGUGCUUCAUCAUCCACGCUACGUUUUCUCUUUGUGUCUCUUUUCUCCACCAUACUUUUUUUUUAUUUUUAAAGCUUGUUUCUGCUGUCUUCGCUUUCUUUCGUUCUAGUUCAGGGCCUGGCCACCUCUUUGCACACCGUGCAACGCUCGUCACUUAAAAGCAAGCUGCUGCUCUACACAUAUCUGCGUCUUAAAUUUUCUUUUUAAUUAA